UCUAUAUUGGAACGUCACGUCGAAUUUAAUAUCAACCUCAAAUACAGGUUACUUUCACGCGUGUAUUUGCAAUUACAUAUGUGAAUUUAGGGAUCUUGUUAAAACUUGGUCUUUCCACUUCCUGCGAUUGUGUAUUUGAAAAAUCUUGAUGAAUACAAGAGAUUUCUCGCACAUCAUAUUUUUAUAAUUCAAGUAAAACAUCUUGUCGAAUUAAACGUCUUCCCUAAAUUAUAAUUUUCUGAUGUGAGUUUGACAAACUGAGAAUGGCAGGAGUAUUUGACAUUGAAUUGCACGAGGGAGAUAUCACAAAUCAAGAUGAAUCAGAUGACGAUGUAAUCGAAAACAGAGAGGAGGAAUAUGAUCAUGCAGCGACUGUAAGCACUAUAUUAGAAUCUGAAAAUUUGGAGAGAGUUCAGUUGUCUGAACAGAAUGUAAAUCCUGGUCAAGAAAAAGCUGGUCCACAGGAUUUUGAAUUAUGCAAGAUCUUAGGAGAAGGUGGGUAUGGGAAGGUCUUUCAAGUUAGAAAAGUUACUGGAAAAGAUAAAGGCAGUAUCUUUGCUAUGAAAGUACUGCGUAAAGCAUCCAUUAUACGAAAUCAGAAAGAUACCGCUCAUACUAAAGCUGAGAGAAACAUCUUGGAAGCUGUAAAACAUCCAUUUAUUGUGAAUCUUAUGUACGCUUUUCAAACUGGUGGCAAAUUAUAUUUGAUCUUGGAAUAUCUAUGCGGUGGCGAACUUUUCACAUACCUUGAUCGAGAAGGUAUUUUUUUAGAGGACACAGCCUGCUUCUAUUUAUCUGAAAUUAUAUUGGCGCUGCAACAUCUUCACAAUCAAGGAAUUAUAUACAGAGAUUUGAAACCAGAGAACAUUUUAUUGGAUGCUGAAGGUCAUGUUAAGUUGACAGAUUUUGGUCUUUGCAAAGAACAUAUACAGGAAGGAACAGUGACGCACACAUUUUGUGGAACGAUAGAGUACAUGGCCCCAGAGAUUUUAACUCGGAGCGGUCAUGGUAAAGCAGUGGAUUGGUGGAGUUUAGGUGCUUUGAUGUUUGACAUGCUUACUGGAAUGCCGCCAUUCACUGGUGAUGAUAGAAGGAAAACUAUCGAAAAAAUUUUACGAGGAAAACUAAGUCUUCCACAGUAUCUAACACCGGAUGCCCGAGAUCUAAUACGAAAACUCUUGAAAAGACAAGUUGCUCAAAGAUUAGGCUCCGGUCUGGAAGAUGCCGAGCAAAUUAAGAACCAUAACUUUUUCAAGCAUAUCAAUUGGCAGGACGUAAUCGCGCGGAAAUUGGAUCCGCCGUUUAAACCGUCUUUGAAAAGCGCUGACGAUACGUCGCAAUUUGACGAGCAAUUCACAGCGACCGUGCCGGUUGAUUCACCAGUUGAGAGUACGCUAAGUGAAUCUGCAAACAUGAUAUUUCAGGGUUUCACGUACGUGGCACCGAGUGUCCUGGAAGAAAUGUAUGCGCAACCGAAAGUCGUAAACGCUAGAAGCCCGCGUAGGACACUGGUGAACAAUACUGGUUUUGGUGCAGCGGCUGGUUUACACAGUUUCUCUUCACCUAAAACGAUGGAUGUUCAUCUGCAUCCAUCGUUAGAUUUUCAACAGCAGCAUAGACAGCAUAUGAUAGGAUCCAAUAGCGUAGAGGACACUGAGAUGGUGGAUCUCGGCCAGCCACCGAAUCGUUUAUAGUGCUGCAAUGCAUUGUACACACAAUUUUCUGAUACGAACUAUGAACGAAAGAAAUAUAGUCCAUAAAGCUGUUGCAUCGUUUACGUUAGUGUGCCGAUAAACGACAAACAGCAUUACAUUUAGAGCACAAAUUCAAUAUAAAUAUAUAUAUAUAUAUAUAUAUAUAUAUAUAUAUAUAUAUAUAUAUAUAUGUAUGUAUAUAUAUAUAUAUAUAUAUAUAUAUAUAUAUAUAUAUAUAUUAUAUAUAGUAAAAAAUAAACAAUAAAUUUGGGCGGCCUCUUUGAUCUCGCGAUAUGUUUGCACAUACAACUUAGACUAUUUCGUAAUAGCCAAAUGUUCGUUUGCAAUGCAAGAAAGCGAAUAAUAUAUCUUUUUGUUAUGUAAAUAUAUGAACAAAUACAUUUGUUAGAAAACAAAUUUAUGACAUUAAUGAAAAAUUUAUGAGCGAAAUGCAGUUCAAAUCUAUAGAUUGUAUUAAUAGUAAUGCAAAUACCACAAUCAUAUCACUUAUAACAUAAUUGGUUAGCAAUAGAGUUUCAAAUAGUACAGAUUUAUAUGUAUAAAGAGACGAGUGCUUUAAAAAAAUAUUAGAAUAAAAAAAUAUUACAGAAAAAUUUUUUCCAACGAUUUUUUUUCUUUUUUGCAUUUCAAGAAUAUAUUAUAUGAUUGAAUCUAUUUUUAUUUUUAAAUUAAAUCAAUCUUCUAGUUUUUUAAUCCUUAAUGUUUUGCCACAUUUAACUAAACUUCUUUACUUCGAGUAAAACACUUGUACUUUGAAUGAAAAUAUAUUUUUUAAUCUUGAUCAAUUUCUUUUUUAUGCAAUAGAUACAAAACAUGUAUAAAAGAUAAAUUAUAUUUGUAAUCAACCCUCGUUAAAACAAUUCUACAUUCCGGUUAUUGUUUGAAUAUUACAUUCAUAUUUAUAUAACAUAAUUAUUGAGGGAUCUUACAUAGGAAAUGAGAUUCGCUACGUUUUGUCCUGUAAUUAUAUAUUUAAUUUAUUAUGUAAAGAGAAAUCUGUUUUAAUAAAAGUAGAAAAAAAAUUAUAUUGAAUGAAAAUUCUACAUUGUAUCAUAUAUGUAAGAGUAAAGUCGAUUUUUUAGUGAUUCUAACUAGAGCAACUUUGUAGGUUGCAUAUUAAAGAACAGCAUUUCUCUAAGAUUAAUCGUAAUUGUUAUAUCAUUUUCAACAGUAUAAAAAAGAUGAAAAUGUUUCAAUUAUAAUAUAAUAAAGGUAUUCUCUCGUUUUAUCUAGCUAUAUACACAUACCAAGUCUCAUUGUUAAACAUAAUGAAUUAAUUGUAUAUAUAGCUAUCAAUUCAAUAUUACUUUCUAAAAGUAAUAAUAUUGUAUCUCAUUGAAAAUGUAAUUUAUUUGCAAAAAAUAAUUAUGUGAUUUCGAAAUGCCCAAGUGUUCAAGGCCAGUGGCUAUUUUACACACGCGCACAUACAUGAUACACACACAUAUAUACACACAAUACAAUAGUAUAUUCAUAUAAAAACAUAUAUGCGAGACAGGAUUGUUAUUAAACUAAUUAAUUAUAAAAACUACAAAAAUAAAUUACAAAAUAAAUUACAAAAGUAAGAAAAAUUA